GCCACCACUGCAGCCACCGGUUGUCGCGGUCUGGAAAGUUUGUGCUGAGCGCCAGGGAGUCGGGAGCAGGGAUCCCGAAGCCCCAUCUCGAGGUUCGGUGACCAGAAAAGCCGAGAUCCAGCCCCCGCCCUAGGACCACGGGGAAGAGGACCAGGCGCAGGACCUCCGGGAGCCAGGAGGCUCACGGUGAACACCUGCUUGCGGCUGGUCCACAUCUAUACCUCAAUCUCUUAACCUGCACUCUGAGUUCAUUCCCUUUCUAUCAGGAGCCUAUUUCCUCUAGCCCCCAACAGGAGCCUAGAUGCCCUUGGGGAAUUUCAGUGGAUAGUGGCCACAAGACCUCUGACCCCCAUCCAGAUGUGGGGAACAGCUGUCCAGAGGCAUGCUUCUCACUCAUGUCUCUCUGCUACUGCUGGUGGUCUCCUGUCAGCUGAAGGCUCCUUCUGCCCAGGUGAUGGAUUUCCUCUUUGAAAAAUGGAAGAGCUACAGUGAUGAGUGUCAUUACAACCUGAGCCUACUGCCCCCUCCCACUGAGCUGGUCUGUAACAGGACCUUUGACAAAUACUCCUGCUGGCCGGAUACCCUCCCCAACACCACAGCCAACAUCUCCUGCCCUUGGUACCUGCCUUGGCAUCAUAAAGUACAGCACCGAUUUGUCUUCAAGAAAUGUGGACCUGAUGGGCAAUGGGUCAAGGGGCCCCAAGGCCAGUCCUUGCGCAAUGCCUCUCAGUGCCAGAUGGACAUCAGUGAGAUCUGGUCACAGAACAAGUCUGCUCAGAUGUACAGCAGUUUCCAGGUGAUGUACACCGUGGGCUACUCAAUGUCCCUGGGAGCCCUGCUCCUUGCCCUCCUCAUCCUGCUGGGCUUCAGCAAGCUGCACUGUACCCGUAACUACAUCCACAUGAACCUGUUUGCCUCCUUCAUUCUCAAGGCCAGCUCUGUGCUGGUCAUUGAUGCCCUGCUCAAGACUCGAUACAGCCAGAAGAUCGGAGACGACCUCAGUGUGAGCAUCUGGCUCAGUGAUGAGGCGGUGGCAGGAUGCCGAGUGGCCACGGUGUUCAUGCAGUAUGGCAUCGUGGCCAAUUACUGUUGGCUGCUGGUGGAAGGGGUCUACCUGCACAACCUUCUGGUGCUGGCUGUCUUCUCAGAGAAGAGUUACUUCAACUUCUACCUGGUCAUUGGCUGGGGGGCCCCUAUCCUCUUUGUCAUCCCUUGGAUUGUGGUGAAAUUUUUCUAUGAGAAUAUCCAGUGCUGGACCAGCAAUGACAACAUGGGUUUCUGGUGGAUCCUCCGACUCCCUGUCUUCCUAGCUAUCCUGAUCAACUUCUUCAUCUUCAUCCGUAUCAUCCAGAUCCUCAUCUCUAAACUUCAGGCCCACCAGAUGCGAUACACUGACUACAAGUUUCGGCUGGCCAAGUCAACGCUGACGCUGAUCCCUCUUCUGGGCAUCCAUGAGGUGGUGUUUGCCUUCGUGACAGACGAGCAUGCCCAGGGCACCCUACGCUCCGUCAAGCUCUUCUUUGACCUCUUUCUCAGCUCAUUCCAGGGCAUGCUGGUGGCUAUUCUUUAUUGCUUUGUCAACAAGGAGGUUCAGGCAGAGCUGAUGAAGAGCUGGCACCGUUGGCAGCUUGGGAGGGCUCUGGAAGAGGAGCAUCGCCAUAUGUGCAGCCAUUUGAGCACUGGCCGGCCUGGGUCCACCUGCCCAGGGGAGAAGCGUCAGCUGGUAAGCUGUAGCAGCACCAGCAACGGGGCAGGAAGCAGUCAGUCAAACGCUCUAACCCAAAGCUCCUACCUUGAGAAGACUGGGGCCAGCCCUAGUGAUCCAGGCACUGAGGGCAAGGGAAUCCACCGUUAUACCUUCUCUGGGGUGGCAGAGAGCAACUUCUGAGCCUUCUGUGUCAGGGAAGGGCUUCUGGACCCAGAACCUAGAACAUAGAGCCUGGAGCCUGGAAGCUGGAGCAGCAGGUCAGGAGAAAGAGAACACUGCCAUCUGAAACCUAGAAAGCCAAGGUAGCCCAGCUAGAGAGAGAGGAUAUUACCCAAAGGACUGGGAGGCAGCAUGGUGCUGUGAAAAGACCACUCAGUUCAGGUUCUUGCUCUGUGGUUAAUUAGCUGUGUGACCUUAGGCAAAUAUUUUCCCCACUCUGAAUUUUAUUUUCUACAUUUGUAAAUGGACUAAGUGAUUUCCAAGGUUCCCUUCAGCUCUAACACCUAGAGUUUAGAGUCUGUAGCCCAGAAUCUGGAGAUCAGUGUCUGAGGCUGAGAGAAAGCCUGGCAGAUGGAGAGAGGAGGGGUAGGAGAAGGGAAGCCGAGCAUGUGCCCUGGUACCCCGCUGCCUGGGUACCAAGCAAUGCUAGCUGUACUUUCUGUGGUGUUCACUCUCUUCCCUGCAGAAAAGAGCUGACUCACAGAGAAUGUGAACCAACACCUCUACAUGGAGUCAUAUCUGUGUAGCAGUGUUAAAGGGAUGGUGUGGUAUUUAACCCCUCCCAUUUUCCCCUUACCCUACUACUGACUUGUUGCCCUGACAGGUUUUCCAGUGUAAAUGCUCCUUCUCUAUUCUGGGAAGUAGUAUCAAAGGAUCUGUAACUCUCCAUAUCUUUUUGCUAGCUCCAAGUCCCCAGCCAAAGACAGUACUUCUGGCAAAACACUUCAGUGUUAUAUUUAUCUGUGUGUCUCUCCUGGGGAUGUUUCCUCCUCAGUAGCUUCCUCACAACUAUAUUCCCAAUAAGUACACAUUGACUAGCAGAUGAGGGGAUUAACAUGCAAAAACAAUAUAUUAACAUAAUUAAGGUAAUUAACAUAUAAAAACAACAUGUUGUCUUUAUAAAGACAAAAUAAAGGUUUAAAGCAAAGUAAACAGACUUUCCUCAUGCCCAGUGAAAAAACUCUGGGCUCAUGUGAAAGAGCUCAAGGGGAUAUAAGAUUACUGCCUUGGAAUCAGUAACAGUGAAGGUAGAGGUUUGGAAAAUUGGAAGGUUCAGCAACACAGCUUUUGUCCGGACAUACCUGUUUGCCCAAGCAGCUUCAUUCCCAGAGUUCUAUCCCCUUUCUUCAUGGUGGUUGCCUCUAUUCGUACUCCCACUCUCCCCAGCUCUGCAUAGUUUCUUAUACCAUCUCUUUCUCCAGCUUCAUGAGUCUUCUACUGGUCCCUUCACAAAAUGGGGCCUUUCAAGACUAUUUUCCAGACUCAAUGAACUGACUUCUCAAUGUCACCCAGAGGUGUGGCCUGUCAUUCUUCAUACUAUCACGUUGCUUCCUUUCUCUGAUUCAUUCAAGGGACCUCAUAAUUUGUACCUCAUAAAGGGAUUGCCCAGCACAGCCAGAUUUUUAUGCCUAGUUUCAAUACCACCGGCCCUUUUUCUGUGAUUAAUUCUGUGAAAGACCAACUCCCUUAUCUGCAUUCCUUCUUCCUUCCCUGAUGCUGUAUCAAACUCUGCCCCAGAUCCCAGGAACCAUCCAAUUGAUCUCUGCACAGUUGGGCAGACAAUGUGAACCAGUCAGCUAUGGGGAAGUAGAUGGCAGAUAGACCUUGCAUACAUCCAAGGAGAAGAAAGCCCUGGAUUCCAAUGAGCAUUUAGGGAUCAGAGCCAGGCCCAUGGUAAAGGGAGGAUGAGGGAGGGGGAGAGUCAAUAUGUUGUGUAUGAUGUCUGUGUGUGUUUUUAUGCAUGUGUGUUGUCUUCAUGUAUAUGUUCCUGCAUGCAUGUGAGUUUGUGUAUGCUGCAAAAUAAAUAACUCCCACAGUUCUUCCUGA